AUGAAGGCUUUUGUUUGGACCCUAGGUGUACUACUCUUUCUGCUGGGCAUUGGUUACUGCAAAGGAGGACAGUUCAAAAUAAAAAAAGUAACCCAAAGGAGAUAUCCCCGUGCCACAGACGGUAAAGAGGAAGCAAAGAAAUGUUCAUACACAUUCUUGGUACCUGAGCAAAAAAUAACAGGGCCAAUCUGUGUCAACACCAAAGGUCAAGAUGGAGGUACUAUUAAAGACAUGAUCACCAGGAUGGACCUUGAGAACCUGAAGGAUGUGCUUUCUAGGCAGAAGCGAGAGAUAGACGUCCUGCAAUUGGUGGUGGAUGUAGAUGGGAACAUUGUAAAUGAGGUAAAGCUGCUGAGAAAGGAAAGCCGGAACAUGAACUCUCGAGUCACUCAACUCUAUAUGCAACUAUUACACGAGAUUAUCCGGAAAAGAGACAAUUCACUCGAGGUUUCCCAUCUGGAAAACAAAAUCCUGAAUGUCACCACAGAAAUGCUGAAGAUGGCGACAAGGUACAGGGAACUAGAGGUGAAAUAUGCUUCCUUGACUGAUCUUGUCAAUAACCAGUCUGUGAUGAUCACAUUGUUGGAAGAACAGUGCUUGAGGAUAUUUUCCCGACAAGACACCCAUGUGUCUCCCCCUCUUGUCCAGGUUGUGCCACAACACAUUCCUAACAGCCCCCAGUACACGCCUGGUCUGCUGGGAGGCAAUGAGAUACAGAGGGAUCCAGGGUAUCCCAGAGAUGUUAUACCACCACCGGAUCUGGCAACAGCUCCCACAAAAAGCCCUUUCAAGAUUCCAGCAGUGACUUUCAUCAAUGAAGGUCCAUUCAAAGACUGUCAGCAAGCAAAGGAAGCUGGGCACUCGGCCAGUGGGAUUUAUAUGAUUAAGCCUGAGAACAGCAAUGGACUGAUGCAGUUAUGGUGUGAGAACAGUUUGGAUCCUGGGGGUUGGACUGUUAUUCAGAAAAGAACAGAUGGCUCUGUCAAUUUCUUCAGAAACUGGGAAAAUUAUAAGAAAGGGUUUGGAAACAUUGAUGGAGAGUAUUGGCUUGGACUGGACAAUAUCUAUAAGCUCAGUAAUCAAGACAAUUAUAAGUUGAUGAUUGAAUUAGAAGACUGGAGUGACAAGAAGGUCUAUGCGGAAUACAGUAGCUUUCGUCUGGAAUCUGAAAGCGAAUUUUACAGAUUGCGCUUGGGAACUUACCAGGGGAAUGCAGGGGAUUCUAUGAUGUGGCAUAAUGGUAAACAAUUCACCACACUCGACAGAGAUAAAGAUAUGUAUACAGGAAACUGUGCCCAUUUUCAUAAAGGAGGCUGGUGGUACAAUGCCUGUGCACACUCUAACCUCAAUGGAGUGUGGUACAGAGGAGGCCAUUACAGAAGCAAGCACCAAGAUGGAAUUUUCUGGGCUGAAUACAGAGGCGGGUCGUAUUCUCUGAGGGCAGUUCAGAUGAUGAUCAAGCCUAUUGACUGAAGACAGACAGUCUCCAAGACACACAACUUCACCUUUCAGUUCCCCAAAUGUAAACAU